AUACACUGUGAGGUAGACAUCGACGAGUGUGCCCAAAGUUCACUAUGUUUUGCCAAUUCCACCUGUUCCAACACCAAUGGAAGCUACCUUUGUAUCUGCGAUCAGGGCUAUCAAGCACUUCAAAUAGGAAACUGCUCAAAAUGUACCGGAAACACCUACGGCUUCAACUGCAGUAGUCAGUGUCAGUGUAACGUCACCAACACUGUGUCAUGUGACCAUGUGACUGGCAACUGUACCUGUAAACAAGGAUGGACAGGACAACAUGUACAGUUGAUAUCGAUGAAUGUUCAACAAACUCCUCCACCUGUAGUGGACAGCAGGAAGUAUGUACGAACACUCUCGGGGGAUAUGUCUGUGGGUGUGCGGACGGUUAUCAGAAAAACGCCUCCAACCUCUGCGACGUGUGUGCUACGAGAUUCUUCGGGAAAGACUGUUCUUCCAUUUGCACCUGCGUCACCCAGAACACCGUCAACUGCAGCAACGUGGAUGGCGCCUGUGCUUGUAAAAGCGGGUGGAGAGGAAAGAACUGUAGUGAAGACGUGGACGAGUGUACACAGACUCCUUCACUUUGUGUGGCUAACUCCACCUGUUCCAACUCACCUGGCAGCUACCGUUGUGUCUGUAACCCUGGAUACAAAACACUGUCAGACGGAAGCUGCACAGAAUGUACAUCUUACACCUACGGCACUAACUGCAGUAGUCAGUGUCAGUGUAAUGCCACCAACACUGUGUCAUGUCAUCAUGUCACUGGCAACUGUACCUGUAAACAAGGAUGGUCAGGAACCACAUGUAAUACAGACAUCGAUGAAUGCGCCUCAUUAAACACACAUAACUGCACCAGGCAGCAGGAAACGUGUACAAACACUUUGGGUGGAUACCGCUGCACGUGUAAUAACGGCUACCAGUAUAAUGCAUCCAUGAUUUGUACAGCCUGUUCCAUGUAUUUCUUCGGGAAAAAUUGUUCUUCGGCCUGCACUGCAACACCCAGAACUCUGUGAACUGCAGCAACGUUGACGGCACGUGCACGUGCAAGAGCGGGUGGACAGGAGUCAACUGUACCCAAGACGUCAACGAGUGCACACAGAGUCCUUCACCUUGUGUCGCCAACUCCACCUGUUCCAACACCAACGGCA